AGCCUCUGGUUUGAGUGUAACAUCAAAGCUUUAGUGUAACGUUAAAGCUUUAUCGUUUUUUAGGUAAACACAAUGAUUACACCAGCCGCGUCUCUCCUGAAAUACGACAAUCCAGUUUUGGUCAGGACAACCACAGACAGAAAGUCACCAAAGGGACGCCUUUUGAGAGUGAGCCAUGAGCAACCUGCUAACUCUCUCCCUGUCCCACCACCCCCAAAACCAAAAUCAGCCACUGCUGAGUGCACCAAGCAGGAAAAUGAGGAGAUCCUGAACGCAAUCCUUCCACCAAGGGAAUGGAUAGAGGACAACCAGCUGUGGGUGCAGCAAGUGUCUAGUGCACCUUGUACAAGAACAGAUGUUAUCAACCUAGAAGAACUGCUGGAUGAAAAGCUGCAGCAAAGACAGGCCAGAGAAACAGGAAUCUGUCCUAUCCGCAGGGAGCUCUACUCCCAGUGCUUUGAUGAGCUGAUCAGACAGGUGACCAUCAACUGUGCAGAGAGGGGUCUGCUGCUGUUGCGGGUUAGAGAUGAAAUACAAAUGACUAUCGCUGCCUACCAGACUCUGUACGAAAGCAGUGUGGCUUUUGGAAUGAGGAAAGCGCUGCAGGCUGAGCAGGGCAAGGCUGACAUGGAGAAGAAAAUCUCUGAUCUGGAAGAGGAGAGACAAGAGCUGAAGAAGCAGCUGAACGAACAGAAAGCUAAAAGUGAUGCAAUUGAAAAGAGAGAAAAUGAGAGGCGACAGGUGGAGGAGAAGAAGCACGCUGAAGAGGUUCAGUUCCUGAAGAGAUCCAACCAGCAGCUAAAGACCCAACUGGAAGGGAUCAUUGCACCAAAGAAGUAACUUCGCCAAACAAGAACCCAGCAGCCAUUUCCCA